CCACGGAAACCCCAAGUUUUAUGUCCUACUGACAUUUCCACUUCUGCAUUACUGCGUCUUCUUCUUGCACGAAACCUUGCCAGUUACCGGAGCCUCCAUUACCCACCGAGUGGCCGUGAGACACCAAAGCAAACGCAGCCGUCGCCGGUGAUUACAAAGUAUGGACCUGGAUGAUCUUGAUGACCUGGACGGACCAAGCCAAGUCCCUUCACGAACCUCCAAGUUUGCUCCCAAAUCCUCCAAAUUCAAGCCGCAGCCCAAAGAGAAACCAAAACCAGAACCGCCGUCCUUCAAGCCGGAGUCCCAGAACUCAGGUUCAAAUUUUGAAUCUCAGGAAUCCGUAUCAGCAGCGAAACUGGAACCUCGAAACGCUAUGUUGGCCAAGAAAAAGGAAGACGGAGAAGAAAUUAAACCUAGAAUGAAUGCGACGCCCAAGAUUGAAACCUUAACCUCGAACAAUGAUGUCGUGAAAAUGGAAAUUGAUGCCAAGGCUGAGGUCGGGGCAAUUUCUAAGCUGGAUGAUCCCAUGGGUGAAGAUAAACAAGAAGACGAUAAAGAAGAAGAAGGAGACAUGAUUGUUCGCGAAAUUGAUGUCUUCUUCACCCCCUCCAUAGAUUCGGAUACUCAGCUAUAUGUUAUGCAAUAUCCUUUGAGGCCGUGCUGGAGACCCUAUGAGUUGGAUGAUCGAUGUGAUGAGGUUAGAGUGAAACCACAAAGCACAGAAGUGGAGGUUGAUUUGUCUAUAGAUGAUUCUACUAACUGGGACCCUGCUCAAGCCAGCAAAUUCAACCUGAAAAAACAGACUUUAUCAUCUUCUGUUAUGCCAACACGUGCCACUGGAUAUGCUCUUGGAGUUCUAAUAGGUAACAAGCUACACUUGAAUCCCAUUUAUGCAGUGGUCCAGCUUCGCCCAUCAUUGGAACAUGUCAACUCUAGUGAUUCAAGAAGGAAGAACGUUGCCGCAUCUAAGAUUGACAUUGGUGUAAAAUUGGAAGAUUCAAAUGAAGGGAAGCCUAUUGGUCCAUCAAAGAAGCAGAUCAAGCGAGUGGAUUCAGCAAAUGAUCAAGGUUCAGAUGCUGAUGAGUGUUGGAUUUCACUCAAGUAUCAUGGCUCCAAGAGUGAUUUUUCUUCUAGAUAUCUAAAAAAAAUGGUGGCACAAGAGAGUUCUCCGAUGGAGUUCACAAUGAGCCCGUACGACUAUUUGAGUUCAUUGUGUCCAAUGGCAUCCAACGACAAUACUAAAUCUAAAGGUUCCUCAAGAAGGUUAUUGCUUUCACUGCCACUGGAAGAACGUAUUAAGAAACUGCUUUUAGAGGGGCCUCCAGUUCAACGGUUUAGUGUUCUUAAGCAUUAUGCUCCUGAUGAUGCCAUUGAAGAUGUCUUAACUGUUCUUCAGAAGCAUGGACAAUUAGUUCAGGGACUUUGGGCUCCAAAGACUUCAUUGCUGUUUCCAGAUUCAAAUACAAAGGAAGUUACUAAACCUCCGGCUAGAGAUUAUGUUCUUCUUUUAUUUAGCAAGAAUUUGGUUAUCAAGUCUUCACAACUUAACUUCCCAGUCAAGCUUAAAGAAGAUAUGAAGAGCUUCCUCAACGUGUUUGCAGUUGAAAGGCCUUCCUUUAAGGAUUGGAAGUUCAAAGAGCAUAUGGAUGCAACAUUUAUAAAACUCUACCCAGAAAUUGUUAACAAGCAAGAAGAAGCUUGGGAAGCCAUAGAGAAAAAGUUAAAUGACUUUUUUAGUCGAGCUGGAAGACCUAUGAUGAAGAAUCCUGUGCCAAAGCCCAGUGUGGCUCAUAAUCCUGUAAAACAAUUGAAUUCUGACAAAAGCACAACCAAAAGUGCUAGUGGAAAUAGAGUACUCACUAAAACUACCAUAACAGUUGAAACGCGAGAAGCUUUACUAAAGGCCCUGCCAAAAGUUCUUCAAAAUCACAGGGUUUGCAGCUUUCAAUUGAUUUGCCAAGGUUUGCGGGACUUGGCCAUUUCUCAGUCUACUCUUCCAAAGGCAGAUCCUAGAAUUGCAGUAGCUGCAGCAUCUGGUGCUGAUGCUCCUUCAGAGGAGCUUCAAGAAAUCAUAAGCCAAGUUGCAACGAAUAUUCAUGGUUUUUAUGUUUUGAAGUCAUCCCCAGACCACCCACAAUAUGAUCCACUGAGGAAAGUAGUAAUUGAUCUUCUAUUGGCAAGGGGCCCUGAUGCAAAGCUUAAGAAGGCUGAAGUAUUCGAAGCAGCCAGGCUUGCUCUUCAUAGGGAUGUUACCAAUGUUGAAUAUACGAAGGUUAUGACUGAUUUUUGUGAAUCCAAAGGUUCUGCGUGGGUAUUGAAGAGUGGUGAUGGAAAGCCGUCAUGAUUUUGUGUUAAAUCAUUCAUUAGAAGGAUGAAGAAAAUUGGUAGGAAGGUACAGGUCAUAUCAUUUUAGUGGAAGUCAAGGCACGUGAGAAAGAAUAUAACCAAGAACACUGAUAAAGCGGAUUUGAAGAAUUCUGAUCCAGAAAUUACAUGCGUAUUGCCUAGGGUAACUGCGAAGUAGCAAGAUUCGUGGUCCAAACUUGAAGGCGAAAUUGAAGCCGUCAGAGGAGCCCGAGAACUGCAAUCCAGAUGCUUAAUCCAACAAUCUGCUUGAAGAUCAUAAAUGAGAGUUUCAAACUUUCAACCCAAUAGAUGUUUGCUGUCAUAAGUGAAAAUUUUGAUUGGGUGUUGAUCGUCAAAUAGGUCUGUUAAUCUUGAUUCAGUUUUUUGGCUGUCUAUACAAAGUCGUUUCUGUUUACAAAACCAAAACGGGUUUCUAAAUCUUUUUCGCACGUAUGCUUUGGCACUUAGCAUGCGACGUUCAUCGGUUUUCUCUGUAAGCGGAAAACAAUAAUUUUCCUUAUCUGCUAAUCAAAAUGAAAGAAAAAAAGAAAAAGAUAAGCAAGGGUUAGGGAA